GGGACCAAGAGAUGUGGAGACAUGGGGGAGGAAUAGUGGAAUAAAAAGAUUAAGAUGUUAAGUACAGGUAUCAACUCCCCACGAUGAAUGUACUGGACAAAUAAGAGUAAAAAAGAAAACGGUCUUAAUCAGAAACCCACACCGUACCCAGCAGUGCUCACAGCAGCUGUGUGCCACCCCACACUUGGGCAGCCAGGGCUGCGGCUCCCAGGCAAGAGGCCGAGGGCUCGGGAGGUGGCCAGGGAGGCCCCACUGCCUCUGCCAGUAGAAAUGAGGUGCUCAGUGAGGCUGGACAUGGGCACCCCACCCGGGAGAUCAUGGGGUGGCCCCUGCCUCCACUGUGACCCAGAAGCAGUCCUUUCUCCCAGAUCAGAUCGGGCCAAUGGGAGUGAGCUCUCUGCCUGGAAUUCUUCAGGUGCCUGGACUGAGCUGUACCAGCCAUUCCUGCCCAGUGAAACGGGCAGAGCUGGAGGAGCCGGCUGUGAAGGCAGCUUCCUCCCGAGCGGGGACCAGCAGAAAACUCCUGCCUCCCACUGCAGCCUCAAGGCACGACAGGCCAGCCAGGGCAACCUCCUGCUACCGGGCCGUGGGCAAAGCAGAUGGACAGCAGGACUCACUCAACUGUGUGCCACAACCCUCGGACGGACCCCGACUCCAGGAAGGGGCGCAGUGCGCAGGCUCCCUACCCGAAGCCGAGCACCAGUGCUACCCCUCGGUCUCCUCCCUGUGACGGCAGUGAUAACCCUGUUGCUGCUGCGUCACGUGGGCCAGCGAAGUUCACACGUGCCAGGUGCUAACCACGGCAAGGGCUCACUUCCGCCUGCAAGGACACUGCCGGGGCCGUUCCAGGGGUCAUCAGUGCCAACACUGAUCUGCCACGAGGCAGGGCACAGGAAGAGGAAAGAAGGAAAGCUCGUGACCGGAGCAGACGUGGUGGACAGACCCCACUUCAAAGCAUCCCCGCCCCUGCCUGCCGGUCAUGACUGCGGCACACACGACCUUGGGAAGGGGUCGCUUGGCAAGGUCAAGGCCCGGGCUGGUGGUGGUGGUGGAGCUUCAGACUCACAGAAACCAACCCUCUUCCUACAGGAGGCCUCGAAAGUUUUCUUUCAAGAUGCUUUGGAAAUUUGGGUGGAAGAGAAAGUGGUAUUUUUAUGAGAUUCAUGGCAAAACAAGACCAAAGAAAGUUCCAGAGUUACAGAAAGAAGAGAUAAGCAAAUAUUUCUGAAAGAUGAAACGGACAAAAUUGCUUUCGACAGUGGCCAGUGAGACACUGGAUAAGAAAAUGUGAACAUCUUGUGCACAAAAUGCUAUCAGACAGGGUGCAGCUCAGUGCCACAGUGUUCCACCAGGGCAAUGCCCUGGAUCCAACCCCCAGCGCUGCAAAAAGAAAACAAAGUCCUGGGGCUGGGGUGUAGCUCAGCAGUAGAGUCUGUGCUUAGCACGCAGGCAGCCCGGGUUCUAUCCCCAGCAGGCGUGCGCACAACCCACACAUGCUAUCUCAGUGCCUUUCCUACUUUGUGGCCACAAAUUCAUCCCCCAAAUCCACGCGGGGACUCCAGGUGGGGAGCUGCUAUUAAACACUUCAUCCUAGACUGCUCCUCUUUCUGGGCUGGCCUGGCAGGGAGGGGAGCGGGGUACGCGCACAGCUGGAGCUACACCAAGGGCUCCACCCACCUAAACAAUGCCCACUCCCACCCCAAGGCCUUCCUCUCACCUGGGGUGAGAUGGGCCCAGACCAUAGAAGCCCAGGAGGAAGGGGUGGACCAAAGUUUUCCCAUGGGAACAUUUCCAACAGCCCCCCUGCUACCUGGAGCAACAGCAAGACUCCCUGACCAGGGACAGGAAGGAGCAGCUCUAGAGGAUGUCAUUGGCGGCGGCCUGCUGCCCUGCUGCUGGAGGAGGGGUGCAGCAGAGAAGAGGGGAGACAGGCAAGGGGCAGGACCCUAGCCCCUAGCCCCGCUGCACCAGGACAGAGCUGAUUUCCAACAAGGCGGGAAGAAAAGGAGGAUGUACCCUAUCUCGGCUUGGUCUGCACAUUUCUCUGCCUCCCCGCAACGCCCCCCCACCGCCCCCGCAAACAGUGAGCACAUUCUGUGAUCGACCAGGUUCCACGGUUUGCAAAGCCUCAAGGCUCAGGCCUCACGGGAGGAGGAAGUGCAGCCUUCAUCCCUCUAGAAACUCCCAGGAA